AUUAAAACUUAGAAGAAGAAGAGGAAGAAGACGACGAAGAAGAAGAUGGUGAAUGAAUAGUAGCCUAAUAUGCGGUAGAAAAAGAGAAAAAAAAGCCUGAUUUCUGGAAGUAAAUUAAUUGUUUUAUUAAAAGGAAGCUGCUUUUUUUAAACAGUAUUUCCAAGACUCAAUAAUAAAGACGCUUCUGGUGAAUGUGAGAAGAUGGUAUUAAAAGAGAUUCCAACAGACAAUAUCACUCGCCCUUUGGGUCGGAAUGAGGUCAUAGGUUUACUCUUCCGCCUCACAAUAUUUGGUGCUGUCACUUAUUUUACAAUAAAGUGGAUGGUUGAUGCUAUUGAUCCAACAAGAAAACAGAAAGUUGAGGCACAAAAACAGGCAGAGAAACUCAUGCGGCAGAUUGGAGUACAGAAUGUGAAGCUUUCUGAAUAUGAGAUGAGUAUUGCUGCUCAUCUUGUGGAUCCGUUGACUAUGCAGAUUACAUGGCAUGACAUUGCAGGUCUGGAUGAAGUCAUAACCGAACUGAAAGACACCGUUAUACUUCCGAUCCAGAAGAGACAUCUGUUUGAAGGAUCCAGACUUCUUCAACCUCCCAAAGGUGUGUUGCUGUAUGGGCCUCCAGGCUGUGGGAAAACUCUUAUAGCCAAAGCUACCGCCAAAGAGGCUGGAUUCCGCUUCAUCAACCUGCAGCCUUCCACCCUCACUGACAAAUGGUACGGAGAGUCCCAGAAACUAGCCGCAGCCGUGUUUUCUCUGGCCAUCAAGCUACAGCCCUCUAUUAUCUUCAUCGAUGAGAUUGAUUCCUUCUUGAGGAAUCGCUCAAGUUCAGAUCAUGAGGCCACUGCCAUGAUGAAGGCUCAGUUCAUGAGCCUAUGGGAUGGGCUGGAAACUGACUACAACUGCCAGGUCAUAAUAAUGGGAGCCACCAAUCGGCCACAAGAUCUUGAUUCUGCUAUACUCCGAAGGAUGCCUACAAGAUUUCACAUCAAUCAGCCGAAUAUAAAGCAGAGGAAAGACAUAUUGAAACUGAUCCUGGAGAAUGAAAAUGUGGAGUCUGCUGUGGACUUUGGUGAAAUUGCCAAAAAGACUGACGGCUUCUCGGGAAGUGACCUCAGAGAGAUGUGCCGAGAUGCUGCUCUGCUUUGUGUGCGUGACUUUGUGCACCAAGAAAGUCCGGUGGAAGACUUCAUCCGCCCAAUAAGGCAGGAAGACAUGCAGAGGGCGAUCGAGAAGAUGAAGAAGUCCAAAUCUGCUGGAGCGCAAGAGGCGUUUAUGCACGUGCCACUGGACUGAAUGUGAUGCUGCUGUUUUAAAAGAAAAUGAAACUAGAUUUGGUCUGUUUUUCUUUUUUUGAGGCAUAUCAUGUUGGUUUUUUUUUUGUAAAAGGGGGAACUCAGGAUUUAUAAAUGGUGGAAUGGAGGCUUUUUUUCUCUAAUCAUCUUUUUUUGCACUGUAAUUUAGAUAUUCUGUUUUUGCUAUUCAUUCAAUCAAUGAGCCUUAUUCACACACAAAAAGAAAACUUUUUUUUUUCCAUUUAACACUCAUUUGAGUCAAUGGGAUAGUUUACGAAAGACUAAACAAUUUACAUAACUCAUUCUGCUUGUGUUACAAGAAUGAGGUCCAUUGUGUUUGUCUUUAUAGGUUUGGUUUGGCUGGUGUUUUUUCUUUAUGAAGAUGGGCAACAGUGUAGUUACUAUUUCCAGUUAUGCAUAAGGCACAUAAUUUCCCCUGCAAGAAUUAUUUUUAGCUCAUCUGUAAGUGUGUUUAGUAACAAUUUUAACAACUCUCAUCUGUUUGUUUUGCCCCAGUGAUUGAAUGAUUUAAAUUAUAAAUGCAUUGACUUGUCGGCCUUUAACAUUGAAUAAAAUGUUUAAGUGUUAAAUUUAGCCCAGAUUAGAGAGAGUGCGAUGGCCUGUUGUAUACAUAUUUAUUUGUGAAACAUUAAAUAUACUUCCACAAAAAAUAUUUAGGGCAAGUGACAAGCCGCUGCUGUUGUUAUUUCUGGGGGUUUGAAUGGGCGACGGAUCAUUGAAUGGUGGAAAGUGGAAAGAAACCCAGUUUCUUCUGGAGAAAUGUUUAUGGAUUGAUGCACCAUUUUAGAAUGCUGGCAAUACAAUAAAACAUUUUACUGUAUACAGGUAUUUUUCAGUUAUUAGGUUUCUUAAUCCAAUUUAAAUGUGCUUUGAAGUUUUGUUGACAGUGUACAAGAAUUGGAUGAACAUCCUAUUCUUUUAAUUAUGUUUAUUGGAAUUACUGCCCGAUGCACAUUGUAUCAAAUUUUGUAAGAAAUUACAAAGUGUAAAUCUCGCAAGUCCAUACAUUUCCUGUAAGACAAUAAAUAUGUUUAGGUUGGUCCAAUAACAAAAUGGCAAGACAAUAAAUAUGCUCUUGUUCCUUCA